GAGCUUUAUUCAUCCGCCGAGCAGGAUGAAUGGGAAAUAAGCUACCAACCCUCGUAUUGGGCUCCCAUUGGUGAGCUACAAAGAAAAGUGGAAGCUCUGGAAAAAAUACCACCAUCCUCUACAACUCCAACAGAGCAAGGGUUAUCAGGUUCAGGUACAAUAAACUGCUCUAUUAGACGCUUACAAUACCUUGCCAAAGAAUACCCCACCUUAUUGCCUGGUUCUGACAACGGCAGUGCAAAUGUUGCAUUACAUGCGGGUCUCCGAAGUGCCUUAAAUGGUGAAAGCUUCACAAAGGGAAAAGUUCUUCAGCUUAUUGAGAUCACUACAUACCGACUAGGCGCAGUACAUGAGGCUAAUUACCUCAGACAACAGGCAAAGAUUGACUGUUCCUUUUCGAAGCUCAGAGGCAAGACGUGGGAUCUUUUGCUUGAAAAUGGUAUCUGCACUACCCCGAUUGGUAUCAAGAUACCAUGGGGUAAACCUUUACAGUACCUGAAUCUGGCAUGA